AUGAACCGACUGCUCGUUGUCGUUGGACUCAUAGAUAGUGCGCAUACUGUACUCGACCUAGAGGAGAGGUAUCUUGAGGGUAGCGUGGCCAGCGUGGGUAGCUAGUAGUAGAUGUACGGCACCUCUCAACCUCAGGCUCUCAGGACGUCAUAGUCGGACGCCGACUCAGCCGUCCACAACGAGACAACCUCAGGCCCCAGGCCAAAAAAGGAAUUCCUUCGUACCCUCAGUACCAUCCCGAGCGCCACAGAGACUGCGUGCCCGCCUCGUGGCUUCACCAACAAACUUCCACCCGAUGGUGGACAACGCCAGUUGAGUGGCUACCAGUCACGACCCUCACGGUGAGCCUGGGUCCCCGCCUUCUUCUUCCUUUGCACCUGUCAGACACUGAUCUGCAUUACCCGAGCUCCCAGGAUCAGCAUGGCGCUUUUAGCUCAUCGUACGGUGGCACAUGGGGGUCAGGGACAUGGAACAUGGAAUAUGAGCCGCCGACAACAACAUUUGGCCAAGAGUGAAGAGGCAGAGUGCGAUCGUAUGCAGAGCGAGUGAAGAGGAAUGAGGAGGAGGCGAAGAUAUAUGCUCAUGAAAAUAAAAAAGGCAAUUCAAGUCAGUGUGGGAGAAAACCGGGAGCCAAAAAAAGAGAGAUGAACGCACAAGGGUACUCCAGAGCCGACAAGACUUGCCAGAUGCGAUGCAAUGCUGACCAUGGAUGAGCUCAAGGAUCAGGAGCCGAACGCUCGUGUGCAGAGCGAGUGGGACGAAAGAAUCAAAACAAAAGCACAACAGCUGGGGAGUAGAGGCAGGGAGGAUUCUUGGCCGAUCCGGACACAGAGUACAAAAGAGAGCGUCGCUCAGACUCCUAUGCAGUAAGUGGUGUCCCGGCAGGCGCUGCCGGAGCAAGUCCAAGUUGGUGCACUUGUACUUCGUACAGUACUCCGUGUUACUUCGAAUACGCCCCCAAAUGCGAAGACAAAACCACGUGAAUUUUGAAAAGGUAGAGUUCUGAGACGAGAGAGCUGGGAAGAGCGAUACAUAGUUUUCGGUCAAACUGUCCUCUCUUUUAAGGGGCCCCGAGAAAGAAUUGGUUGACGAGACAAGAGCUUCGAGUUCUAAUCAUCGGUUGAACUUGAGAGAUGAACUAUCAGCCACUCUUAG